AUGUCUGGAAAGCUGGUUUGUGUUGCUGACUUUGAGGAGUAUGCUGCAAAAUUCCUCCCCAAAUCAGUGUAUGAUUAUUACCGCUCUGGAGCAGAUGACCAAGAAACACUAGCAGAUAAUGUAGCAGCAUUUUCAAGGUGGAAGCUGUACCCCCGUGUGCUCAGGGAUGUGUCGGUGAUGGACCUGUCCACCUCGGUGCUGGGGCAGAGGGUCAGCAUGCCGGUCUGUGUCGGAGCCACCGCUAUGCAGCGCAUGGCUCACGCUGAUGGAGAGACAGCAACUGCUAAAGCUUGCCAAGCAAUGGGGACGGGAAUGAUGCUGAGCUCCUGGGCCACCUCUUGCAUUGAAGAAGUGGCUGAAGCAGCUCCAUCUGGCCUUCACUGGCUGCAGCUCUAUGUGUACAAGGACCGGGAGAUCACCAAAUCCCUUGUGCAGCGUGCGGAGCGAGCAGGAUACAAAGGGAUCUUCGUGACAGUGGACACACCAUUCCUCGGCAGGCGUUUCGAUGAUGUGCGCAACAAGUUCCAGCUCCCUCCCCACCUCAGUUUAAAGAACUUCUCCAGCAGUGACCUGGCAUUCUCCUCGGGGAAAGACUUUGGAGAAAACAGUGGAUUGGCUGUGUAUGUAGCUGAGGCAAUCGAUGCAAGUAUCAACUGGGAGGACAUCAAAUGGCUUCGAGGGCUGACCUCGCUGCCUAUCGUCGCAAAAGGAAUCCUCAGGGCUGAUGAUGCUAAAGAAGCUGUAAAGACUGGGGUAAAUGGUAUCCUGGUGUCAAAUCAUGGGGCACGCCAACUUGAUGGGGUCCCUGCAACUAUUGAUGUCUUGCCUGAAAUUGUUGAGGCUGUGGAGGGGAAGGUGGAGGUGUUCCUAGACGGUGGUGUAAGAAAAGGCACAGACGUUCUCAAAGCACUUGCUCUUGGUGCUAGAGCUGUGUUCAUUGGAAGACCUCUCAUCUGGGGCUUGGUUUAUCAAGGUGAAGAAGGAGCAAAAGAGGUUCUCCAGAUGCUGAAGGAAGAGUUUCGCCUGGCAAUGGCACUGACAGGGUGCCGGAGAGUAGAAGAAAUCGGCAGGACACUGGUACGAAGACAUCAAGUAUUGUCUUCCAAGAUUUAG